AUGUAAACUUAAUAUACAUGCUGCAAUGUACUGCUUCCCCUAAUUUGUUACCUUUCUAAAUGCCAAUAUUUAAGGGUUUUUCCUGGUUAGUAACUCAUUCAUGAUGUGCUCCGCGAUUUCCUGUGGCACCCCACCACCUUCCAAACAUCCCAAUGACUUUUAGUGUUAGGCUAACAUAUACCCGUAUUGACAUGGCUUAUAUCUAGAUGUUCCUUGAAAGCCUCAUGUGCUCUUAGAUGGGUCUUUUCAGAGGUGGUUGGCUCUCAGGUGUGUGAAUAUGGAUUAAGGAUAUGUGAAAACUAAAUUGAUUUAGCAAAGUUCUGGGUGUGGAGAAUGGAGGCCCCACCCUGGGUUUGAGAGGCACCAAUCAAUGGGUUUGUAGCCUGGAUGGAUUAUAGAGGGAAAGAUGUGGAAGGCAGGCUUUGCUGCUUCCUGCCCGCUCUGCCGCAGACUGCUUCUCCCCUGCCAUGCUGCCUGGCCUUGGAGUCUGCCUACUAUGGACUGAAGCCUCUCCAAACUGAGACAGAAGAAAGCCUUCUUUCUUUCACUUGUGCGUGUAGUGUGUUUUGCCUCUGCAGUGAAGAAACUCCCUAAGAUGCAUCUCUCAAGGAUCCAAAAUGAGCUGUCCUCUGUCAUUCAUUCAGUGAUCCGCACAAGAAAGAUUUAUUGGAGACCAUUAUGUUCCAGAUACUGAAUUGAUAUUGGGAUGUAAGGGCUGUGCCUUCACUCAAGCCACAGAGGUUGGACUGUGAGAGUGGAUUGUUUAUAGGUCAAGAGCACCGAGAUCACUUAAUUUUAUCUUAUUUUUUGCUCUGUACAGGUUCUGAGAUUUCUUUCUUUCUUUCUUUUUUUUUUGAGAUUUUUUUCUUCCCAGGAAGCAAUUAGGGUAUGAAGAGCCUCUGACAAAUAGCAAAUGACAUGAAAUGUACCCUGAUCCCAUCCUGUAUUACACUCUAUAUUCGGAGCCAGGCAAGAGUUAAAGAGUUUGAUGACAGACAAGCACCAGUGAAAAGCAGGGCAGUCAGGUGCCUCUGUAGUUAGAAAGCUAUCGCUCCCCCUUUGUGUGCUCCCCGGCCCUGCCUACCUGCCUCUGACGCAGGGAGCCAAGGGUCUGAGUGAAACUUGUUGGAGGCUCCAAUUAAAUCUGUGUGGACAAAGGGCAGGCAUGCACACAGCAUCCUCAGAUAACAAGUGGCAAUAAAUCCUUCAGCACAUCCACAUUCAGAGACUAGAGAGCCGAGUCCCUGCCUGGUGAGCAGAACAGCUGCUGAUACCUCUCUGCGUGCCUCACACCAAGAUGGGAUGCAAGUGAGCAUCACUGGCUGAGCAGACUUGCUCUGCACUUCUGUGGCUCUAACUGCCUUCUCCCGGAGGAAGAAGUAUCUGCCCUAGCCCCACCAUGCUCCGGGUGGUCCUGGACGUUCCCCAGCGGCUGCUAAAGAAAGGAAGAGAGUCCCGGAAGCUGGUGCUGCUGGUGGUGUUUGUAGCUUUGCUCCUGGAUAACAUGCUGCUUACUGUGGUGGUGCCCAUUGUGCCCACCUUCCUGUAUGCCACAGAGUUCAAAGAAAGCAACUCUUCUCUGCACCACGGCCGUUCUCUAAGUUCCCUGCCAGCUCCUACCUCUACUGCCUUCUCUGCCAUCUUCUCCUUUUUUGACAACACCACCAUAGUUGUAGAAGAAAGUGUUCCCAGGAGCACAGCAUGGCCCAAUGGCUCUGCCAGCACCAUCCCUCCUCCAGUCACUGAAGCCAGCUCAGCACAUAAAAACAACUGCUUGCAAGGCACAGAGUUCUUGGAGGAGGAGAACAUGCGAGUUGGAGUUCUGUUUGCUUCCAAGGCUUUGAUGCAACUUCUGGUCAACCCAUUUGUGGGACCUCUCACCAACAGGGUUGGAUAUCACAUUCCCAUGUUUGCUGGCUUUGUUAUCAUGUUCCUCUCCACCAUUAUGUUUGCUUUUUCUGGCACCUAUACCCUACUGUUUGUGGCUCGAACUCUCCAAGGCAUUGGAUCUUCCUUUUCCUCUGUUGCAGGUCUUGGAAUGCUCGCCAGUGUCUACACUGAUGACUACGAGAGAGGAAAAGUCAUGGGAAUCGCUCUGGGUGGCCUGGCUUUGGGAGUUCUAGUGGGAGCUCCUUUUGGAAGUGUGAUGUAUGAGUUUGUUGGAAAGUCUGCUCCUUUUCUCAUCCUGGCCUUCCUGGCACUACUGGAUGGAGCACUCCAGCUCUGCAUCCUGCAGCCUUCCAAAGUCUCUCCUGAGAGUGCCAAGGGGACUCCGCUCCUUAUGCUUCUCAAAGACCCUUAUAUCUUGGUGGCUGCAGGUUCCAUCUGCUUUGCCAACAUGGGUGUGGCCAUCCUGGAACCCACACUGCCCAUCUGGAUGAUGCAGACCAUGUGUUCCCCGGAAUGGCAGCUAGGUCUAGCUUUCCUGCCUGCAAGUGUGUCCUACCUCAUUGGCACCAACCUCUUCGGGGUGCUGGCCAACAAGAUGGGUCGGUGGCUGUGCUCCCUGGUUGGAAUGGUGGUCGUUGGUACCAGCUUGCUCUGUGUUCCACUGGCUCACAAUAUUUUUGGUCUCAUUGGCCCCAAUGCUGGCCUUGGCUUUGCCAUAGGCAUGGUGGACUCCUCUCUGAUGCCCAUCAUGGGACACCUGGUAGACCUGCGCCACACCUCGGUGUAUGGGAGUGUCUACGCUAUUGCCGAUGUGGCUUUUUGUGUGGGCUUUGCUAUAGGCCCAUCCACCGGGGGUGCCCUUGUGCGGGCUAUUGGUUUCCCCUGGCUCAUGGUCAUCAUUGGAGUGGUUAACAUCCUCUACGCUCCUCUCUGUUACUUCCUGCGAAACCCCCCAGCCAAUGAGGAGAAGCUUGCUAUUCUGAGCCAGGACUGCCCCAUGGAGACCCGGAUGUAUACAACCCAGAAGCCCACGAAGGACUUUCCCCUUGGGGAGAACAGUGACGAGGAUCCUGACAGUGGGGAGUAGCAGCUGAAGGUGACCCCUGAGCCUGGUCUCAGGUGAACCCAUGAGGCUUGUACUUCAGGGGCUGCCUCUUCCCUGGAACCAGGUCACGAUGGGCUGCUCAGCGGGUGCCACUCUGCCAGCCUGGGGUAUCUUGUUUCUUCCCCUCAGAGGGGUGCUGAGCCUAUACUCUGCUCACCUGAGUCACCCCGAGUUCUCCCGCAAUGCUUCUCCUGUAGGAAGACAGAGUGAUGCCUCCUCCCUGGCUGCUGUGAGAUUGAUUAAACUUGAGUUGUGACAGGUU